AUGAUUCUGGUCGAGCUUCCAGCAGAGGUUCUCCAGCACAUUUACUUGUUCAUCCCUGAUCGGAUCUUCCCUGACUGUCGAGUGUGCCGGCGACUUCGCAGUUGCCUGCCCUGGUGCAGGCUGGUGGAGGUUCAGAUCAAGCCAGGAAGAGGGAAGCUCGUCCGCCAUGAGGCUCUUUCGGAGAUGAUGUGCCGCCCAGCAGCGCAGAGACGAGUGAACAGAGCUCGCGAUGUCGACAAGAUCCCAAAGGUCAUGCAAGUCAAUCUGAUCGUUCAAGAUGCCAUGGCAGCGCCAGCGGUCACAAAGGCCGUCAGAGAGGGCGGAAGGAGGAGCAUUAUGCUUGACGUCUCCGGUAUCGCAAAGGACGAGCUCUUUAGUCGAGCCUCGCUGUCCCGUCUAGGCGAUUUAAUCGCAGCAUGCGGAACAUGCCUGACUGGGCUGAGCCUCGCAGGCAACGGGUUUCAGACGAGCGAUCUUCACCUGCUCUCCGACAAAAUCCAGACCUGCUGCAACCUGACAUCUCUCGAUCUCAGCGGGAACAGACUGCGAGGAGGCGUCGGGAGACUCGCGGCCAACUUGUCCCGACACCUGACGAGUCUGACGAGGUUGGACGUGUCGCAGCCAGACAGCGGGCGAGGAGACGGUCCGGGGCUGCUGCUGGAUUGCCAACCUCUCAUUCGCGUCAACACCAACCUAAAGCAGCUGAACCUGACCUGCAGGGAUGACUCGUGCAGAGCUAUCACUCCCGUCCAUCAUGUUGCGAUUAGCUCAGCACGAGCAAAUGGGCUUGACCGAACGACCUUCUUGUCGCUGGAGAUGCUGCAGGAAGUGCAACUUGAAGGCAACGGACUCACAGACAUGGACAUGAAGAUCCUCGCUGACUCUUGGAAAGCGCUAUCGCUCAAGCGUCUCUUCGAUCCUGUUGCUGUUGACAUCCUGACCUUCCGUUGCAGAUCUCAACCUAAGCUCCAACGACUUCUCCAUAUGUCACACAACGAGCUCGGCCCUCAGGGAGCCUCUGCAUUGUCUGAAGGCCUUAUGGCGUGUCAAUCUCUCUGCUGCCUCAACGUCAGCUGGUGCGCCCUGGGCAAUGGCCUCCAAGAUAUUGCAAGGAUCCUACCCGAGCUAAAGGAGCUGAGAAAUCUCGACCUGUCAGGCAACGAGCUAGAUGAAGCAAACUGCAAGGAGGUUCUGUCAGGAGGCUUGAGGCUGCGAACGCUCAGACUUCAGCAAUGCCGCAUUCUAGACCAACGUUUCACUCACCUCGUCUGCGGAUUAUCGCGCAUGCUCGACUCCGAUACGCAGCAGGGAACUCUGGAGGAGCUGGACUUGCUCCGCAACUUCAUCGAGGAGGAAGGGUGUCGGAAGCUUGCAGACGCCCUGAUAAGCGCCAGGCAUCCGCUGCGACGGCUCGUGCUUGGCUACAACAGCUUUCAAGAAAGUGGCGCUUCCCUCCUCUUUCCUUACCUCCAACAAGCCGUUCACCUCCAGUUUUUAGACUUGCGAGGGAGCAAUGUCCUGACAACAGCAGCACGCGCUGCUGUAUACGCAGCAGGGCCAUCUUCUUGUAAAUAUCUCUUCUUCUAG